GUGGACCUCAGAAAGCGCUACAGAAUCCAACGACGCAGCAAAGAAACAAAGAAUCCGCCAUUGCCAUUCUUCAUUCUUCCCAACGAACCUCCACCAAACUCCUCUUCGUCUCCUCCAUAAUCGCAACAAAAUCGAAGGCCCGAAUUCUCAUUUCCGUUUUCUGUCUUCAGUUUUCUUCAUCCAACCCCUGCGCUCGCCGCUUCUUUCUUUCUUCUUCUUGUUCUUCGCCUUCUCGGAUUCCUCAACCACAACCAGGAGACGAAGCUCACUGCUCGCGGUUUUCAUCCGGAUUUCUUCGGAUUUCCAGUCUCCAGAACCCAUUUUGGUCACAAAAGCUUGUGCGGAUCCAUCUUUUCCGGUUCCAGGAGAGAGAGAGAGAGAUUGUUGGUUGAUUGAUUCCCUAGCAUUAGCCCAUUUUGUGUUGUGAAGUUUGUUGCAAAUGGGGAGUGCUGUGGGAAAGUACGAGUCUCCCAGGGAUUGUGUGCCAGAAACAAAACUUGAAGCCAAGAUGGUUGAGGCAAUGAUACAAAGGGCCUCUAAAGGAAGCAUCAUUAGGUCAUUUGAUAGCAUCAUCUUGAAAUUCCCCAAAAUUGAUGAUAGCUUCAGAAACUGCAUAUCUACUUUUCAACAGUUUGAUGAGGAUUCAAACGGGAUAAUUGACCGUCGGGAGCUUAAGAAAUGCUUUGAUGGGCUGGAAAUUUUGCUUACCGAGGAGGAAAUUGAUGAUCUCUUUGAGGCAUGCGAUAUUAGUACAGCUAUGGGAGUGAAGUUCAAUGAAUUCAUUGUACUUCUCUCCCUUGUAUAUCUUCUCAGGGAUGAUCCAACUGCUGCUGUAUUUGCUAAAUCGCAAUUCGGAAUGCCAAAACUGGAGGAGACAUUUGAGUCAUUGGUUGAUGCAUUCGUGUUCUUGGACAAGAAUAAGGACGGUUAUGUAAGCAAGAGUGAGAUGGUAUCUGCAAUACACGAAACCACAUCCGGAGAACGCUCUUCAGGACGGAUAGCGAUGAAGAGAUUCGAGGAGAUGGACUGGGAUAAAAAUGGAAUGGUAAACUUUAAAGAGUUUCUUUUCGCAUUCACCCGUUGGGUCGGACUCGGCGAGAAUGAGGACGGAGAGGAGGAGGAAUGAAACAUGAAAUCUUGGAAUAUCCUUUUUCCAGUUGUUGUUAGUUCGAUGAUGGUGAAACCGUGGUAGGGUAGUGAAAGUAAGGAUAACAAUGGUUUGUCAAUGCUUUUCCAUGUAAAUACUGUGUACUGUGAAGAGUAGGAGUACUGAUUGAUAUAAUUGAAGUGAUGUUGGAGAAAGCCAAGCUUGAGCCUUUUUCA